GUUGGAACCGCGCAGCCGCGGACUGAUACACCGAGUGAGGGGGCUUAACCACAUCCACAGGUCCCUUCCGCCGCCAUUCUGUCCGACUGUCGCUGGAACCAACAGGGCCGAGACCGAGCAGACAGCAGCUAAAACCAGAGUCCAUUUCCCCUCUAACGCACUCCCCACACCGCAGCGACAACAUGCGUGAGAUUGUGCAUCUCCAGGCCGGCCAGUGCGGGAACCAGAUUGGAGCAAAGUUCUGGGAGGUGAUCAGUGAUGAGCACGGCAUCGACCCAACCGGAACCUAUCAUGGCGACAGUGAUCUGCAGCUGGACAGAAUCAAUGUCUACUACAACGAGGCCUCAGGUGGAAAGUAUGUGCCGAGGGCCAUCUUGGUGGAUCUGGAGCCAGGCACAAUGGACUCGGUUCGCUCUGGCCCCUUCGGACAGAUCUUCAGACCAGACAACUUUGUCUUUGGUCAGAGUGGAGCGGGUAACAACUGGGCAAAGGGCCACUACACAGAGGGAGCCGAGUUGGUGGACUCCGUCCUAGACGUUGUGAGGAAGGAGGCUGAGAGCUGUGACUGCCUUCAGGGUUUCCAGCUCACACACUCCCUGGGUGGAGGUACCGGCUCCGGCAUGGGAACUCUGCUCAUCAGCAAGAUCCGCGAGGAGUACCCUGAUCGUAUCAUGAACACCUUCAGUGUGGUGCCCUCUCCUAAGGUGUCGGACACUGUGGUGGAGCCGUACAACGCCACCCUCUCCGUCCACCAGCUGGUUGAGAACACAGAUGAAACCUAUUGUAUCGACAACGAAGCUCUGUAUGACAUCUGCUUCCGCACCCUCAAACUCACCACGCCCACUUACGGAGACCUCAACCAUCUGGUCUCUGCCACCAUGAGCGGGGUGACGACGUGCCUGCGCUUCCCCGGCCAGCUUAACGCCGACCUCCGCAAACUGGCCGUCAACAUGGUUCCCUUCCCCCGUCUGCACUUCUUCAUGCCUGGCUUCGCGCCGCUCACCAGCAGAGGCAGCCAGCAGUACAGGGCUCUCUCCGUGCCGGAGCUCACGCAGCAGAUGUUUGAUGCCAAGAACAUGAUGGCUGCCUGCGACCCGCGCCACGGCCGCUACCUGACGGUGGCCGCCGUGUUCCGAGGCCGCAUGUCCAUGAAGGAGGUCGACGAGCAGAUGCUGAACGUGCAGAACAAAAACAGCAGCUACUUUGUGGAGUGGAUCCCCAACAACGUCAAGACGGCUGUGUGCGACAUCCCGCCCCGUGGGCUCAAGAUGGCCGCCACUUUCAUUGGAAACAGCACGGCUAUCCAGGAGCUGUUCAAACGCAUCUCCGAGCAGUUCACCGCCAUGUUCCGCCGCAAGGCCUUCCUCCACUGGUACACCGGCGAGGGUAUGGACGAGAUGGAGUUCACCGAGGCGGAGAGCAACAUGAACGACCUGGUGUCCGAGUACCAGCAGUACCAAGACGCCACAGCCGAAGAGGGAGAGUUCGAGGAGGAGGGCGAGGAGGAAGUUGCCUAACGCUAACAUCACUCAUCUAUUUUUUUCGUCUACACUCAUCCGUUCAUUUUCUUCAGCCCUACUUUCUCCUUUUUGGUGUUGUUCUUCCCCAGUUCCUUUUUCUCUCCACCUCCAUUCCAUUUUCUUCCAGAGUAGGACUCACGUACUGAACUCAUCGUUUUCAGAGCCCAUGUAGGUGUAGCUAACUCGGUUGUGAUUGUGGUAUUUUCGUCAGUAACUUUCAGUUCAUCACCAUCACUGUUCCACACCUGGACCAGCUUCACUACACAUCAAAUUUGGCAUUAAUUGAAAUAAAGGUUAUUGAAAAAUGCU